CGUACUCCACAGCUGGUGACGUCAGGACUCUGUUCUGCAGAAUUCCUUCAAGCUAACAGGCCUGUACCCGUAACAGGUACAGGCAAUGUUACAAUGAGCUUCAAGAGUUUGCAGAAAAGUCAAACGCCUUGAAGAACCUAUUGGUGUCCCAACAGAUACAAGAACAUCCAAGAAACUUUCUCCUGAAGACUCCAUUUAAAAAGCCCCAUGUGAUUUCUUGGUAAAUAAACCUGAAAAUGAGUGACACUGAAUGGGAAAACCAAGGAACGGGAUUGGGAGACGUCUUUGAUAUUCUGGCGAAGACUCCGUCUGAGCGAUUGAUCAGCCUGACUAUCCAGCUGGGUGAGUCUCCUGAAGACAUUAUUGUGGUGGCCAUGUCUCUGCUCAUCCUCCAGAGGGAGGAACAAGCCCUGAAGAAACUCCAGAUGCUGAGGGACAACCCUCUCGCUAACCAUCUGUCUGAAAAGUGUCACACAAGUGGUGGUAAACUGGACGGUUUUGGGAAUCACUGUGGCCAAUUUCAAACACACACGAUGGAAUCUUUGUCACUGUUGGCUCGGGUUUUUAAAGUUUUGUCAGAGCAGAGGUUGUGUGAGCCACUGAUGAGGAAUUUGGCUUAUAGGAGAGCCAUUUCCAGUGACUGCACGACGAGGAACUGUAGUCAUUUGGAGUACUUCCUAGAGGAAGCCAAAGUUGUUUGUGGGCCUCAGUUAGUGGAAGAGAUGUGCUCCACUGCUGAACUCCCAGAUGGUGAAAAUACAUCUUUGAAGGCAUCUAUUUCUCAGGAUGAGUCAUCGAGUGUUCCCCGUCUCCCCAGCACUCUGCAAGAGAGUCCCUCAGAGGUGUCGUACCCGACUCAUCUGGAGAUAAGUAUUCCUCCAACAGUUUCAUUUCAAGAGGACAAAAGAGCUGCAGCAAAACCAAACUCUACACCAGACAUUUGUACUGAAACAAAUCUAGCACCAGGACAGGCUCAGUCUCCUGCUCUACUGAAUACACCAACUGAACGGUCUCUGUUAGGAGCAGAGAGUAGCUCGAUGACAGAUGAAACAUUAAAAUCAAUGAGCAGUAGCUCGCAAAGCAAUGUUGUGCAAAACGAGAGAUCUGUGCAGCCAAACGAGUCAAGCACGGAGACAAAAAUCACCCUACCAUGUGCAAAAAGCACAAUUUCCCCCAAGAUAUCUGUUCCAAAAAGCCUUUAUGACACAGAAGAGGAGGAGGACGAGGAAAUCUUUUAUGCAUUUGUUAUUCUGCACGCCCCAGCGGAUGCAGAGCAGGCCGAGAACAUCAAAGAAAAGCUUGAAAAGGCCAUCAGCGGCGAAGGUGCAACUUUCUCAGAGGAAUUUGCUGUUCCUGGAAAGAGCACCCUGAAGUGUGUGGAAGACGCCAUUAACAACUCAGCCUUCACCUUCCUGCUGCUUACGCGCAACUUCAACACAAAAAUGUUGGAGAUGAAGACGAACAUCGCCCUCAUCAACUCCAUCAACAAGACACACAAGUUUAACACGGUUAUCCCUCUGCUGCCGGAGAACAACUGCGUACCCAGGCCAGACAUCCCCAUCGUUCUGCAAACAUUAGUACCCCUGGAGGAGAAGAAGAACUUUGAGAAAAAACUACAAAAGGCUCUAACCCCAGCAAGGAUUAAAAAGCAGAGGAGCAUCUGGACCGAGGAGCAGAGAGUGAGGAGACUGAACCGUUUGAGUUUACAGGAAGUCGACAGGCGUUGCAUGGAGCAACAACAUCUUCUCAGCUCCCGUGAGGGUGGCGAUGGCAGAGCUCUGUGGCCCCCGCAGGCAAACAUUCACAUUGAAAAUGCUAACUACGUAAUGAUCGGUAAUGACUCAACAAUGACUGUGGGUGGAAGUUUAAGCAAUGAUGGGUGAGUUUAAGCUGAGCAGGAACAAAAAUAUGUAUUCUUGGGAUUUGUGGGAUCAGUUUUGUGUUCGUUUUCCUAAAACUAAAAUGUAGAAGCUGGGGGUUAGGCACUGUGGUCAGGGAAUUUAUUUUUAAUGGAGGACUGCCAUCUACUGGAAACAAAUAUGAUUUGCACUGUGUGAUUUUUGUUUUAGCUGUGUCAGCUCUCUGUGAACACUAGGGUGCUUCCUCACACUGGAUCUGAACUGCAGUCUCAUCCAGCAGCAUAGGUUCUGGGUUUUAGGCAUGAAAAAGCUUUAAAGUCUUAUAUUCAUAAUAAAUUUUACACAAAAAUGAA